AUGCCGCCCCGGCCCUCGCUGCAAGCUGUCCGGCGGUACGCCACCGUGGCCGCCGACGCUACCGCCGCCGCCUCGUCGUCAUCGUCGGCGGCGCCCGCAGCUGCCGACGCCGCCCCGCGCACCUACACGGACCGCAAGGCGUUCCUGCACGGCUACUACGGCCACCUGCUCCGCCGCUCGCAGCUGCUCCUGCUGUUCACGCACGACAACCUCAGCGUCGCCGACUCGCGUGCACUGCGCGCCGCCAUCGCCGCCGUGCCCCUGCCCAAGUCGGCGGAAGAAGACGCUGCUGCCCCCGAGCGCGCAGCCCUCACGAUCGCAAGGACAGGUCUGCUCCGCAACGUUGUCGCUGCCGACGCCAGCAGCGCGGCCGCCGCCCUCGCCCCCCACUUGAACGGCCAGGCAGCCCUCCUCACCUCGCCCACCCUCUCGCCUAGGUACCUCUCUGGCGUCCUCGCCGCCAUUGAGCGGAGCCUGAAAAAGGUCCAGCGCUCAGAGGACAACGCCAAGCAGCCCGCCCUCAAGCUCGUCGCUGGCGUCCUCGAGGGCAACCGCGUCCUCACCCCCGAGGCCAUCAAGGACGUGUCCAAGCUCCCCGAGCUCGACCAGCUCCGCGCCCUGCUCGUCGGCCUGCUCGAGCAGCCCGGUCGCCAGCUCAUCGGUGUUCUGUCCCAGGCUGGUGGUGGCGCCCUCGUCCGCACACUGCAGGGACUGGAACAGGGCCUCAAGGACAAGGAGGAGCAGCCGUCGGCGUAG